UCGGAGUCCUGCGGGCGGGGCGGGCGGCGCGAAUGGCCGGGCGCGCGUCCCCGUCCCUUCUUCAUUGAAGGCAAGGGAAGUGUUUUGGGGCGGAACUGGAGAUUAAACUUCGCACAUGGUGACUGUGGGUGGACGGGCGUGAGGUCGACCUUUGCACGGGGCGCGGGGGAUGCCCACUUGCAAGGGCGCGCAGGAGGUGGCCCCGCUCCUGACAGCCAGGUCAUGAAACGGGUGCGUACCGAGCAGAUCCAGAUGGCCGUGUCCUGCUACCUCAAGCGCCGGCAGUAUGGGGAUGCAGACGGCCCGCUGAAGCAAGGCCUGCGACUGUCACAGAGUGCUGAGGAGAUGGCGGCCAACCUUGCAGUCCAAUCAGAAUCUGGUUGUGCCAACAUAGUGUCUGCAGCCCCUUGCCAGGCAGAGCCCCAGCAAUAUGAAGUACAGUUUGGAAGGCUGCGGAAUUUUCUUACUGACUCUGACUCCCAGCACAGCCACGAAGUGAUGCCUCUCCUCUAUCCCCUCUUUGUCUACCUCCAUCUCAACCUGGUCCAGAACAGUGCGAAGAGCACAGUGGAAAGUUUCUACAGCCGCUUCCACGGGAUGUUUCUGCAGAACGCCAGCCAGAAGGACGUCAUCGAGCAGCUGCAGACCACGCAGACCGUCCAGGACAUCCUGUCCAAUUUCCGGCUGCGGGCCUUCCUGGACAACAAGUACGUGGUCCGUCUCCAGGAGGACAGCUACAACUACCUUCUCCGCUACCUCCAGAGUGACAACAACGCCGCCCUGUGCCGGGUCCUUACCUGGCACAUCCAUCUGGACGUGCAGCCCGCCAAGAGGACAGACUACCAGCUCUACGCCAGUGGCGGCUCCUCCCGGGGCGAGGGCAGCGGCCUGGAGCCCACCGACAUGCCGGCCCCCAUCCUGCAGAAUGAGGCCGCGCUGGAGGUCCUGCAGGAGAGCAUUAAGCGCGUCAAGGAUGGCCCGCCCUCCCUCACCACCAUCUGCUUCUAUGCCUUCUAUAACACCGAGCAGCUUCUGAACACAGCGGAGAUCUCCCCAGAGAGCAAGCUGCUGGCAGCUGGCUUUGACAACUCCUGUAUAAAGCUAUGGAGUUUGCGCUCCAAGAAGCUCAAGCCAGAGCCCCAUCGGGUAGAUGUGUCCCGCAUCCACUUGGCUUGUGAUAUCCUGGAGGAGGAGGAUGAUGAGGACGAUGACGUGGGCACGGAGAUGAAGGUCCUGCGGGGACACUGUGGACCAGUGUACAGCACGCGGUUCCUCGCGGACAGCUCAGGGUUGCUCUCCUGCUCUGAAGAUAUGUCCAUCCGAUACUGGGACCUGGGCAGCUUCACCAACACUGUGCUGUACCAGGGCCACGCCUACCCGGUGUGGGAUGUGGACAUUAGCCCAUACAGCCUGUACUUCGCCAGCGGCUCCCACGACCGCACAGCCAGGCUGUGGUCCUUCGAUCGGACGUACCCACUGCGGAUCUACGCCGGGCACCUGGCCGAUGUGGACUGCGUCAAGUUCCACCCCAACUCAAACUACUUAGCCACGGGCUCCACUGACAAGACCGUCCGGCUGUGGAGUGCACAGCAGGGGAACUCGGUGAGGCUCUUCACCGGCCACCGCGGCCCCGUGCUCUCUCUGGCCUUCUCCCCCAAUGGUAAGUACUUGGCGUCGGCAGGCGAGGACCAGCGGCUGAAGCUGUGGGACCUGGCAUCUGGGACCCUCUUCAAAGAGCUGCGAGGCCACACAGACAACAUCACCAGCCUCACCUUUAGCCCUGACAGCAGCUUGAUCGCGUCAGCGUCCAUGGACAAUUCAGUGCGUGUCUGGGACAUCCGGAACACGCACUGCAGCGCGCCCACCGAUGGCUCCUCCAGCGAGCUGGUGGGCGUCUACACCGGCCAGAUGAGCAACGUGCUGAGCGUGCAGUUCAUGGCCUGCAACCUCCUGCUGGUGACCGGAAUCACACAAGAAAAUCAGGAACAUUGAUUUUGUAGCUGAUGGAACGGACUGGGGCGAGGCUAGGGCUCCAGACGGAAUCUUAGAACAGACUGAUGGAAUCACUGGCUGACUGUGAAAGGCUCCCCACUUCCCUGCUCCUGCAGAUUUCCCAAGCUCACCACACACCCUUCGCUCAGCCCCCAAGUGUCAGAGGUCAGGGGGAGGAAGGGUGGUGAUCGAGAGCAUGGGGUCAAGAAUCACGAAGAUCACCCUAUGUCCACAUGUGCCACUGCCACCACCACCCCCACCACCCCUGCCCCCCACCAGUGUCUGCUCAUUUUCUGUCUGUGGAGCCAAGAUGCCGCUCACCUGCUGGGGCUGUGCUUGGUCCGAGGGUGUUUGCCCGGCCACCAGCAGCAGUGCUGCAGGGUCACUGGGCGGAGGGAACUCUAUCUGGGUAGGAACGUGGGCGGGGGUCUAGGAAAGGGGGCGGGGCCAUCCUGGCAAAUGUCUUUCCUUUUCCGUGGUUAUAGAGAACCAGGAUUUUUAUUAUUGUUAUUAUAAUUAUAAUUAUUAUUAUUAUUGAGAAGAGGAAACCUAGCACUGGCAGAGAGGCCCUUCUCUGCUCUCAUCUUUCAGGUUUUACUCCUGGCACUGGCUGUGAUACUUGGAAUUUUGAGGUUCAGGGAACUCAGAGAAUUUGGUAUAACACAGUGUAUUGGGAGAAAGGGAACAUUUCUGGGUGACAGACUGAUCACUGAGCUGACAUGUUUCCAGAAAUGGUGGGUGGAUUUGAUUGGAAAAGUUGGGCUCCUGCAGCGAUGGUGGGAAAGAAAGUCUUCAUGGCUGCACUUCUUUUAACAGUUCUCUCCCCUGAAAGGACAGAUUGUAGUAAAGAAAUGAAAAUAAUUUGAAGUGAUAAGUCAAAAGAUAGAAUUAGAAAAUGUUGAAUUUCCAAGUGAUUCAGAGGUGUGGCUCUUCCAGCGUCUUUUUCUCCCGAGGUCAUCCCUCCCACCUCCUGCUUUGCAAUUGCAGUUUAAUGAACACUCUGUGAAACAAAUGCUAAAUAUGAACACACGCAUAUAAAACUAUGCUCUGAGGAUAAAGCAGCUUAUAAUUUGUGGGAAAAGGAUUAAAUAUUUCUGUUUUCUGAAAAGA